AUGGAAGGACUUAAAGAAGAACUGAAGAAAUGGAAGGAAAGAGUUGAAAAAGCUGAAAAAACAAAAGCUGACCUUCUUUGCUGUAAAUUGAGUGCUGAUGAAGAGUGUAUUAGAGCAGAGGAGGAGCUGCUAAAGCUAAAGGACUUACAAGAGAAACAGCAGAAGAGCUUUAUUAUGUCUAGAGACACCCAUGAGCAAGAACUCUGUGCACUAAACCAAGAAAUCUUCAAGCUGGAGAGAGAGAUUGAAAAGCUCAAAGAAGAUCUCACAGAAUGUACUUCAAGACUUUCACGGGAUACUCAGAUUAAGAAAAAAGUAGCAGAAAUGAAAAUGAAGUUCACUUACAUGGAAGAGGUGAAGGAUGAUUGUUUAGAUGUGAACACCCACUGUCUUUUUGGUGUGACUACAAAGAUCCCAUUCAGACUGAAUCAAAACCAGGCGCUGCUUACUUUUGAAGACGAAGAAGUUGCCCAGAGACUGAUUAAAAUGGGUAAGCAUACUGUGAACGUGGACAACAAAAUAGCAGAUGUGACAGUGAAGCCUUUUACACUUGAAAUGGGAAUCAAAUUUGAGCUCCAUGUCACUAUUUCUGGAAAGACGAUAAACAUUUCGGGAGUACCCAAGCUAUCCAUUCCUGAAGACUGGAUGAAAGACAAAUUAGAGCUGAAUUUCUACAAGUCUGGACGGGGAGGAGGAGGAGGAGAAGUAGAAAACGUGAGCUAUGACAAGCAGUCUCAAACGGCUCUUAUUACGUUCCUCAAGCCCGGAGCAACCAACAGCUUCGUGGGAUGUACUAAGUAUCCUUUCCUUGUAAAUGGAAAGUGCUAUAGGCUUUCUGUUUCCCCAGACACUGACGUACGCUUGCAAAAGUUCCAGCUCUAUUGCAGCGUUUCGAAGAAGACCAUCCUGUUGCAAGGAAUUCAAGACAUGGAUGAUGACGAGGAAAGCAUACAGGACAUGAUUGAAAUUCAUUUUCAGAAGCCUAGCAAUAGUGGUGGGGAAAUAGAGAAAAUCAAAUACGUAUCAAAAGGAGUAACAUGGGUCUAUUUUGAGGAGGAUCUUUAG